AUGCCAGGUUUUCCCCUAACCCCCACGCCAGGCCGGGACAGAGCCCUGGUCCAACACAAAAACAGGGCACACGGUUCUCGGCCUGGAUUGGUCGCUCUGCGCGGCGCGGGGGUUGGCAGACGUUGCGCGGGCUUUGCAACCUCUGUAGGCUUUGAGACCGGCUCGAAGGUCGCACGGCUGCAGGUUGGAACAGCAGGGAGCAUGGGUACGAAAUAUUUGAAGAACACUUUAGGAAGAACACAUCCUAUGAAAGAUAAAGCUGACCAAAAGCACAAACCUCUUGAUGUGUUUGAUUUUCCUGAGAAUUCUGAUAUCUCAAGCAUUGGCAGGCUGGGUGAAAGUGAGCAAGAUGAAGAACCUUAUGAGACAUUUGCUCCUCCUUUACACAGCACUGCUAUAUAUGCUGAUGAAGAAGAAUUCUCCAAACAAUGUGGAUCAUCUAUUCCUUCAACUCCUCAAGGAAAAGAAGAAGGAAGAAGUUUGAACACUUCUGAAUAUGAAGCAAGUAAGAGCAACUCUGUAAAAAAUCAUGCACAAGAGCUACGAGGGACACUCACACCCAUUAUUGAUGAAUCUGAAAACACUGAAAAAAGCGAUGUAACAAGAAAAGAUAAACCAGCCGAGAAAAUAAGUACACAGCAGUGUGAAUUCAUGGAAGCAGUGAAUAUUCCAGUUAUGGCAUCUUUGGAGCGUUCAGAGAAACCAGCUAAAUCAGUCACUCCUAAAAAAAAAGGACCACUUAAUGCUCUAAAAAAGAGUUCUGAAAAAGAGAUCCAUGUAACAGAAAGUCAACAGAAAGCUCAGAAAAAGGGAACGAAGUCUCGUGGCAAAGGGAAGAAAUCAAGAAGUAAAGAUGUAGACUCAGAUAGUGAUAUUUCCAACAGUACAUUUCUUUGGUGUGUAGAGGGAAGGAAAACCAGUGAAAUCAUGGAGUUGGAUAUUGUUUUGUCUGCAUUUGAGAAAACCUUCUUAGAGUAUAAACAAAGAAUAGAAUCUAGAGUGUGUAAGGAAGCCAUUAACAAAUUUUAUGUUAUUCUUAAAGAAGAACUCAUCAACAUGAUUAAAGAAGUCCAGAUGUUAAAAAAUCUGAAAAGGAAGAAUGCUCAGGUGAUUUCAGGUAUCAAAAAGAAAAGGCAACGUUUGAUUGAAGUCCAGGAUGAACUGCUUCGGUUAGAACCACAACUGAAACAACUACAAACAAAAUAUGAUGAACUUAAGGAGAGAAAAUCUUCCCUUAAGAAUGCAGCAUAUUUCGUAUCUAAUUUAAAGCAGCUUCAUCAGGAUUAUUCAGAUGUUCGUGAAAAAGAACCAGAAGCCAAGGAAAUGUAUGAUUCAUCCAGCCUUCCAGCUCUGUUAUUAAAGGCAAGAGGACUUUUGGGAGCUGAAAAUCAUCUGCGAAACAUCAACCAUCAAUUAGAGAAGCUCCUUGGCCAGGAAUGA